AUGCCGCCCAAGAAGAAAUGGCCCGCUCCCCUGGUCAUCCCGCCCCUAAGUAAAAAGCAUACACAUACGAUAAUUUCGCUUCAUGGAAAGGGCAGCAAUGCCAAGCGCUACGGUCUUGUGCUACUUACUGCUGCAACCCUGCGAGCUCGACUUCCCACCGUGAAAUUCGUUUUUCCGACCGCAAAGAAGCGGCGAGCAACGAGAUUCAAGAGAAUGCCCAUCAACCAGUGGUUUGACAACUUCUCAAUCGUUGACCCCGGUGAAAGAAUAGAAUUACAAGUCGAUGGGCUUUGUGAGACAGCUGAUUUUGUUCGCGACUUGAUCAGCGAGGAGACUCGCAUCUUGGGCGAAGGCAGCCAUAAAAGAAUCAUCCUGUGGGGGUUAAGCCAAGGAUGUGCGGCAGGCAUCUUCACGCUGCUGGGUGGCUCAUCCGAUACCAGUGGAGCAAGUACUAUCGGGGCAUUUGUUGGAAUGAGUGGAUGGCUUCCUUUUGAGCAGCAGCUGUGUGAGAUUCUUCGAUGUGGUGAUAUCCAAGGACCGGCGUCAGCAUCGGCAUCGGCGUCUGAGGCUGUGGCUGUGUCUGACACACAAGACAGAGAUGAUGCUCAGCAAGAGUCUAGCAGUGAUGAUGGGUCAGAUUUAGACACCGCCUCAGAUGCUGAUGCUGAUGCCGACGCCAGCGCUUUCUCUGAACCUGACUGGGAUGACGACCCGUUUGAGAGAAGCUGCUCGUCGCAUGACGAUUUCGAUCCCUUUGCAGCGCAAGAGGAAGAAGCACCUUUGCUCGUCCAUGCUAUCAAUCAUGUUCGUGAUGUUCUUGAUCUUCCUUUGUUCGAAGCAGCCGAUCAUUCGCCGAAUGAAACGCCCAUACCAUCAAGCUGCGGUCAUCUCCGGACGCCUGUUUUCAUUGGUCACGGCUCUGAAGAUAAAAAGGUGGCUGUGGAGCUUGGUACAAAGAUGAAUCAUGUGCUUUCAGUUGGCUUGGGGAUGGAUGUGACGUGGAAGAUCUACCAAGGGUUGGGGCACUGGUACCGUGUACAGGAUGAGAUCGAGGAUAUCCUAACCUUUCUUCAGGACCGAGUUGAUCUGCCAGUGAAAAAGUUGUUGACUCAGCGCCAACGCAAGCAAGUACAGGGCUAG